AUGGAAGUCCAAUCCGCUCUGGCCCUUUGGGUUUGGGGCUGCAACAUAUUUUCUGGCGUUUACAACAGCUCUCUGACGCCAAGUCAUCUUCCGUGGAACACCUACAACUACUGCAACGCCCCUCAUGUCAAUGCUGAGCGCUACUCUCGUCCCACGGACCCUGACGCACACUUGGUUUACCUCAACAGCAUGAUGCGUCACCACAAGCGCACGCCAGAUAACCUCUACCCGAACGAACGCGAGCUGAACCCUGCUUCGGGCUGGGACUGGGAAUGUGGUAGUCAAGCAUACCUCGACUAUGUCGACGGCACGGCCCCAGUCUUUCCUCAGUCUUCGGUACCCGACGGCCAUCCCUUUGCGUCUGCGGUAUGGAACGGCUCAUGCGGUGCUGGUCAACUCACGCGUGAGGGGUUGGAGGAUGCGGUUCAACAUGGCAAGGACUUUUGGUCGGUGUAUCACUCCACUCUGGGCUUUCUUGACGAAGUCGUGGAGGAGGACAUAUACAUCCGGACGAGCAACGAGCCCCGGACGCACCAUGUCGCGGGUGGGUUCUUGUACGGCACGGACCCGGGUACAUGGGCAGCGCGGUGGAGGUUGCACACCCAGCCUGCACUGAUAGAUUCGCUUGUCCCGUCGUACAGCUGCCCAGUCGCGAACGCCAUACGCUCGGCGUAUCAAUUAGCCCCUGAGUGGACUGAGCAUCUCCUGCGGAACCAGGACCUGCAGACGCGGCUUGGCGAGACACUGGGCGUGAAGGGAUUGCAAGCGUGGAUGUCGUGGUACGACCACUUCUUCGACACGCUCACCUCGCGCACUUGCCAUGGACAUCCGCUUCCGUGCAAUGCUUCGGGCGCGUGCGUAUUGGAGGAGGAUGCUAUGCGCGUAUUUGCACUUGGAGACUGGGAAUAUAACUACAUAUGGAACGCAGCGGAAAACGCAUCCGAGUACACGCGACUAACCUUCGGCGUGAUGUUCAAGGAGCUUGCGGACAACCUGAAGCGCUUUCAGGCAGGGAAGGAAACAUACAAGCUCCGCCUGUAUAUCGGCCACGACGGUUCUAUGAUCCGCCUCGCGUCGGGCUUAGGACUUGGAGCAAAUACACCGUUGCGGUGGCCCGCAAUGGGCUCCGAGGUCCAUAUUGAGGUUUGGCGGGAUGUAAGUGGAUUUGACUUUGUGCGUGUCAUGCACGACGGAAUACCUGUACAGUCCCUGGACUGGAUUCCGUUUUCUCGGUUCGUAGAGCUGCUGGAGGAACAAGUUCCAGCGGAUAUUUACGGCUCUUGCAUGUAUGGAGGCAUUUAGGUAUAUGUCGUAGGAGCGAUCGUAUUUUAUCAAACAUUUGGC